AUGAAGCGAGAAGGCAAACAGCACGGUAUGGUGAGAACCUACCGAGUUCUACCUCCGUCGCUGAAUCCAAGGCCGGAAUCAAAGUUGGUCAACUCUUUGACUUGUCGCCCAACCGCCGGUUUAUUCACCAAAGUGACAUCGAAGCCGACCAACCACUCCAAGUUCACCGGAAAAUGUGGUCAGGCGAGGUGCCUUGAGUGCCGUAUGCAUCCGAUCACCAAAUCCAAAGUCAAAACAAAAGGGUCUUCCAAGGUGAGAUCCAAUGAUGUUACCUACGAGAUGCUGACUUGGCAGGUUCCUUCUGGUGGUGGGACCAGACCCGGUUUGAAGCUUUCCGGGUUCUCGGCUACGGGAAUCCUUGAUCUUAUGUCUGAUGAUUAUGGUUAUGAUCAUGAUUAUGAAUCUGAUGAAGAGGAAGAGGAAUAUGUAGAAGAAGAAGAAGAAGAAUACAGAGGAAGUGUUGUGGAGGCCGAGAUUGUGAAGUUACAUAGUGUUUAUGAUGAUGUUGAUAUUGGUAGUGAGAAAGGAGAAGAUGGGUCUCAUGAUGAUGAUGAUGAUGACGAAAGGAUGAGUUUUUAUGAUGUGGGGAUGAUGAUGAUGAUGGAUCAUGUGGAAGAAUAUGAUGAAGAAGGAUGGUGUUUGGUUGAAGAAAUGAUGACUUAA